AUGAGGUUGUCUUGGUGUUUGGCGUUGGUGUUCUGUGCAGUACUCGCCUCAGUUCACUGCAGGCGCAUUGUCGGAGGGGCACCGACAGACAUAGAGACGUACCCAUCCUUAGUGCAAGUGGAGAGACAGGACAUUAACACUGAAGCCUGGUCCCAGUCUUGCGCAGCGACUAUCCUCACGGCCCAAACAGUACUAACAGCGGCCCAUUGCUUCCAUGGAGAAUUAUUCGAAGAUAGAUUACGCCGUAUCAGAGCUGGUACCACAUAUCGGAACUACGGUGGCGACAUCUCCUAUGUAAAAUACUCCAUCAACCAUCCAGACUACAACGUUGCCUCUCGCUACGAUAGCGACAUCAGCAUCGUCAGGCUUGCCAAUCCUCUGAUCUACUCUCCCUUCAUCCAGAGGGGCACCAUAGUUGCCCACGGCUCGGUGAUCCCUGACAACUUGCCCGUCGUCCAUGCCGGCUGGGGAGCCACUGAACAAGGCGGCAAAGCAUCGGAUGUCCUUCUGGACGUCAGCAUUUACACAAUCAACCACGAUGUGUGCCGCGAGCGUUAUGCAACUUUAGAAGGUCGGCCGCCAGUCACUGAGAACAUGAUCUGCGCUGGUCUCAAAGACGUCGGUGGUGCGGACGCUUGCCAGGGUGACUCCGGUGGACCUAUGUACUACGGGCAAAUCGUUAUCGGGGUAGUUUCGUGGGGUGAGGGUUGCGCCAACGCCACCUUCCCUGGCAUCAGCACCGCUGUCUCCCCAUUCACACCAUGGAUCGUCGAAAAUUCUUAUUGAAAACUGU